GCCCUCCGAACGAGCCAACUUCAAGCAUUGUGUAGUUAGCACACAUACACGUCGCACGUGUUGUUUUUUUUUGUUUCGUAAAAAUUUUAAGUAAAAUUUCCUAAACUAAUUAAUCGCUUUUAAUCACCGCUGAGGAGCUGGGGAAAUCCUCCUCCAAGAAGAAGGGGAACAGGCGGCUUCGUCAAAGUGACAAAAAAGAUAAGAAGUCCGCCUGUCGCAGUCCGAGUCAGAAUAAUUUUGUCGUCUGGACUUGGUUAUCUCAGAUACCUUAUCUGAAAAAGUGGUGGUUGUAUUUUGUGUGGUGGUGGGUGGUGAUUUUAUGGAGAAAAAUGUUCCGUCUUCUUGAUAAUGACGAAGAAGAAAUCGCCAUGCAGAUUGAGUCUGCGACGACCAAGAAGGAGAAGAGGGCACAGAAAAAGGCCCAACGGCUAGUGGCUGAGUAUCAAGUGACGUUGUCGAAUGAUGAGGUCAAGAGGCCAGGACAGCUUUUGGACGCUCCUGAGGCGAAGAAGUUACGGAUUGACCCUGGAGACAAAAAGACGCUUUCGCCAAGCGAGCUGAAAUCCUUGAAAAAGUUGUUGGCUGAUAGGAAGAAAGCUUUGACGCAAUUACCUCGGUUUCUACUUCAAGGGGCAGGAGUAACGUCAUCAAUGUCAAUACAACAUGACGUUCGAGAGCCAAUCUUUAUGACAGAUGUUCAAAAUCUUCUUUUGUAUGCGUUGGGUGGAAAUCAACUAAUUCAGCCUCCAAAUCGGUGGUGCAAUCUUCAGAAGGCGAAUCGAUUAACGCAUGUUCUUACCUUGAUUGUGGAAGGUUUGACAUCAAGAGAUUUUGUCAGUUAUGAACAUUUAUUCCCGAAAUUAACUGGGAAUUUUACGGAUCGAGUAGAAGUAAUGGCUCCAGCUUACUAUGAUCGAGAAGUAUCUCAGGAGUUGAGUUGCAUUCCAUUAUCUAAUGCUCAAAAAGAAGCAAUCCUCAAGGAAUAUGGAUCAAUGGAGAAAGCUGUUGCAGAGAAAGAGAUUGUAAAACAGUUUCGCGCAUUGUUUCCAACCAAGAUGAUGAAUAAUAGCGAUCUCCCCACGAAGAUAAUAUCUGCACCGUUGUUAUCGACGAAAGCAGAUCUUCCCGAAAAUGAUAUUUUUCCCAGAACUUACUUGCUGAUGGGGUUGAGCCAAAUGACAUACGAAGGUUAUCCCAUGCCAUUUUGGAUGAAUUUGACGACAAACAAGUGCGCUGGGUAUAAACUGUCAAAGGAUGAAUACAAGGAAGUCAGUGCAUCGUCUCCAAUGUUUGCAAUAGAUUGCGAAAUGUGCAUAACCGAAACAAAUCCCAGCGAAUUGACACGAAUCGCCGUUAUCAAUGAGAACCAUGAGGUGGUUUAUGAAAGCUAUGUCAAACCAAAGGAGAAAAUUAUUAACUAUCUGACUAAAUUUUCCGGAAUUACGGAAGAAAUCCUUAAGGAUGUAACAACCACGUUGGAAGAUGUUCAAGAAGCUUUGAUUCGUUUACUGCCAGACGAUGCAAUUUGGGUCGGACAGUCGUUAAACUGUGAUCUUCAUGCUCUUAAAAUUAUGCACCCGUACGUCAUCGACACGAGUCUGAUUUUUAAUCUCAGUGGAAUUGCUGGUAGAAAGUCUAAACUGUCUCACAUGGCGGAAGUAUUUCUUAAUGAGAAUAUCCAGUCCGGCAAUAAAGGCCAUUGUCCAAUUGAAGAUGCGAAAGCAGCUAUGAAACUUGUAAAGCUAAAAUUAGCUCAAGGUUUCCUCUUUGGGGACAGCAUAGCUUCUACAGAUGACCCUGCCAUUCCAGAAGGUGUUCUUACAACAUCAAUUUUCAAUCGAACGUACAAGUCUAAUAAAACCGUCGCUGUAAUCGGACCUGAGCGCGUCUUACAAGAAUAUGAGAACGUAACGAUGACUCCACCUGAUGGGAUAGCGGCGUUCACCUCUUUAAAAACAUCAAAAAACAAGGAAUCCGUCCAGAAAAUUACCGAAGUUGCUGUUUCGCAUCAACUCACCAUCGCUCAUGUCGACUUGUCUGAAAAAUUACAAGAGGCAGAUCGUGCCGAGAAGGAAAGGUUGUUUAAAAAAGUGGACAAAUGGUGUGACAAGGUUUACCAACACGUGUCAAUUAACGGAAUGUGUGUAAUAGUUUUCGCUGGCCCAAAGUCAGUCCCUAAGUCCCCCCCAGACAAUGCAGUGACCAUAAGUGAUAGUUCUUCUUCUACGAUGAAUAGCAGUGAAUCAGAUCCAUCUUCUUCAUCUUCAAGUGUUCUUCCAGUUUUGCCAAAUCCAAAUCAACCCCCAAAGAAACCCAAGAAACAACGCCCACGAGAAAAUGGCGUGUGUUUCGUUCGCAUCAACACUCUUAAAAUUUAACGGAAGAAAAGUCUAAAAGUUUUAUUUGGCAAAAUAAUAUGGAAAACACUUAUACCUCGAAGAUGGAUAAAGAAGAAAACUCGUCGAUUAAUGAAGAUAAAGCUGCUGCAAAUCCCCUUCCCACCCUUUCGUCUACUGUAGAUAUUUCGCAAUUAAAUGAAAUAUUCGUUAAUAAAUGUGAAACAGAUAAACUUGUACCAAA